AUGACACCACUCGAAGUGCUCUUCGAUGAAGAAGAUGUCUCCACCUGGACAUUCCAAAGCCUCAGAUCCUUUGUGGGAAGCAGCAAGAAGAAGCUCAAGGUUUUCUACAUGAACUUCUUCGCAUGGACAGAGGAAGAUGACGACGACGACGAUGGCUACCAAGUUCUGAACAAGCGGCCAAGAACUUCCAGCACUCCGUUUCCAAAUACCACCUCCAUGUCCAUGCCACCUAGUCCGUCCGCAACAACAUCGGGCUCUCAAGCAAGCUGGAGUAUGAAGCUACCAAACAUGAACUCGAUUCAUAAUGGCACCGGGAAAGCGUCCAGCCAAAUUACCACAGCUCAGAGCAGCAACGCCGGAGGAAACAACUCCGUGGGCCUCAUUAUUUUCAUAACACGUGUUGCGAUAGUUGACCAAGCCCUCGUCCUUGAGCGUGAUCGCUUCGGAAUUGUCGACAAUCUGUUCGAGAGGGGUCGACUCAUCGAGCCAUAUGUUCACGAACUCGUUUUCGGUAACCCCUUAGACGAUAAACCCACCUUUCUUUGGUUUUUCGAUGAUACCUCGGACGACAAACCAAGGAGAAUCAGGAACAAGCCUAGUCUCGAAGCAGCUAUUGUCAUACUAAAAUCACGUGCGGAAAGAGCAGAGGCUACCGGUAUCCAAGUAUUCGACGCUCCAGAUCGUGUUACAGCAGCUUUGGUCCCUAUUCAUGAGGUCACUCGCAAAGUUGACUUUGUGCAGCGAGUAAGUUUUGAGCUCGAGAUUGACAACGGCGAAGAAAGCUGCGAAGAUGAAUGCAAUAAGAAGCUUGGAGCGGACAUCGUCUAUGAGUCCAGGAACGGAGAGCUCCAACUUGAUCACCAGCCAGUCAAGGAGGAGAUUGACAUCAAACCUGACAUCAAACCUGACAUCACUUGGGAGAGACAGCCGCAGGUCGACGUGGAGAGCGAGAGUGAGUCCGAGGAAGAAUGA